AUGGAUCAUUCCCAGUGCCUUGUGACUAUAUACGCCUUGGUGGUUCUGCUGGGUCUCCGGCUGGAGCAGGGCGCCUGCCAGCACUAUCUGCACAUCCGACCGGCUCCCAGCGACAACUUGCCCUUGGUGGAUCUAAUCGAACACCCGGACCCUAUCUUUGACCCCAAGGAGAAGGAUCUUAACGAGACCUUGCUAAGGAACCUCAUGGGCGGACACUUCGACCCUAACUUUAUGGCUAUUUCCUUGCCCGAGGACCGGCUCGGAGUGGACGAUCUGGCUGAGCUGGACUUGCUGCUCCGGCAGAGACCCUCGGGAGCGAUGCCCACCGAAAUCAAAGGGCUGGAGUUCUACGACGGGCUGCAGCCGGGCAAGAAGCACAGGCUGAGCAAGAAGUUGCGCAGGAAGCUGCAGAUGUGGCUCUGGUCCCAGACCUUCUGCCCCGUCCUAUACACGUGGAACGAUCUCGGCAGCCGCUUUUGGCCCCGGUACGUCAAAGUGGGCAGCUGCUACAGUAAAAGGUCUUGUUCGGUCCCAGAAGGCAUGGUCUGCAAACCUGCCAAGUCCGUGCAUUUAACGAUCCUGAGGUGGAGGUGCCAGCGCCGGGGGGGGCAGAGGUGCACAUGGAUACCCAUCCAGUACCCCAUCAUUUCGGAGUGCAAGUGCUCCUGCUAGGGCUUGCUCUUCCCUCUCCUCGCCCCUUCUCCAGCGGACUCACGUGGACCUUGGCUGCAACAAAAAUAAAAGACAUUUGCUUUCCGGUUAACGUUGUAAUGCACUGUAACGUGUAGGAGAAUGUAUAUUGUGUGUAUAUAUGGCACCGGUUUAAUAUACUAUUAAAAGGUCAGUAUUAUACGUGAAAUAAUCAGCGUCUACUGUAUUUUUAAGACUAUUACCCUGAUCGUUGCUAAUGUAUCUUUUUUUUUUUUUUUUUUUUGGUAUUUAUAUUCCAGAGAGGAGUUGCUUCGCUUUGGCGAAGUACGUUUGGGGUUUUUUGUUGUUGUUGUUGUGUGUUGUUUUUUUUUUAAUAAAAGGAUUAAAAAACACAAACCAAACUUUUUGAUAAGAAAACGUUUUAAAGCUAUUUUCCGUUAUUCGGAAAGCGUGUGUGUGUGUGUGCGUGUGUGUGUGUGUGUGUGUUUCCUUAAGGACUUUAGAUUUAAAAUAAAAAAGAAUAAGCGCCUAGAGCACAAUGUUAUUGUAAAUAGAGAGAACAGUUUGAAUGACUUAAUCCUAU